AUGAUCUUGCUCUCACAGCCAUCAUUAUCACCAAAUACAGCGCUGUUUGUACCAAGCUCCAUUAACUGGUCUACUCUGCCGCAAUUUCAUCCUCCUUCAUCAAUCAAACCCCUACCAACCGAGACGCCUCACAAAUUGCCCAAAGUCCAGGCCAACCAGGGCCAGUUCCAACUCACUUCAACAACCAAGAGCCGCCAAAAAGCCGUCCGUGAUGAGUUUCUGCGCAGUUACAAGUCAUACAAGCAGUAUGCAUGGAUGAAGGAUGAGCUGACGCCCAUCUCCGCUACGGGAAAGGACACCUUUGGAGGAUGGGCGGCAACCCUAGUCGACUCCCUGGACACCCUUUGGAUUAUGGACCUUAAGGAGGAAUUCAGUGAGGCUGCUCAAGCGGCUGCCACACUCAACUGGGGCGAAACUCACGAUGGCGCUGUCAACUUGUUUGAGACGACGAUCCGUCACCUUGGAGGUCUUCUCAGCGCCUACGAACUAAGCCGCGAAGAGGUUCUACUCAAGAAGGCCGUCGAACUCGGCGAGAUGCUCUACGUUGCCUUUGACACCCCCAAUCGUCUGCCUGGCUUCUGGCUCAACUUUGAAGACGCCCGGACUGGAAAGCAGGUUGCCGGCGUCCAUGACCCGUCCGCGUCCCCUAGCUCUCUGGUGAUGGAAUUCACAAAGCUCUCGCAGCUCACCGGCGAUCCCAAGUUUUACGAUGCCACAGAUCGCGUAACGCAGUUUCUGGUGAGAAUCCAGAACGACACGCGCUUACCAGGAAUGUGGCCUCUCUGCCUCAACUUUCAGCACGAGCAAGCAACCGACAACACCUUCUCCCUUGGAGCACUAGCCGACUCCCUCUAUGAGUAUCUACCAAAGAUGCACGCGCUACUGGGCGGCUUGGAUGCGAAUUACGAGUCUAUGUAUCGUAUAGCCUCUGAUACCGUCAUCAAGCAUCUGCUCUACCGGCCUAUGCUCCCAGAGAAGGACGAUAUUCUAUUCUCUGGUGACGUUCACGUCAAUGACGACAGGGUCGAGCUGGUCACCGAGAGUCAACAUCUCACCUGCUUUGCUGGAGGCAUGUUUGCGUUGGCUGGAAAGCUCUUAAACAUCGAGGAGCAUGUUAAUAUUGGAGAGAGACUUGCCCGAGGCUGCGGGUGGGCAUACAAGGCGUUCCCCACAGGCAUGAUGCCCGAGAUUUUCAACCUCGUGUCCUGCCCGAGCCUUGAGCCGUGUGAAUAUGAAAAGGAACGAUGGCUCCCUGAGAAGGAAUCUCUCUCGCCAGGCUUUCGAAAUGCCCGGGACCCGCGAUACAUCCUCCGGCCGGAAGCCAUCGAGAGCAUCUUCAUCAUGUAUCGGAUCACAGUCGAUCCCCAGUGGCAGGACAUGGCGUGGGAUAUGUUCCAAUCCAUUGUCCGCUACACCACCACCCAGCAUGCCAAUGCGGCUAUCGAGGACGUCACUAAUACAGAGACUGCCCAAACCGACUCAAUGGAGAGUUUCUGGCUAUCCGAGACCCUCAAGUAUUUUUACCUCAUCUUUUCACCCCCAGACUUGGUGAACUUGGAUGAGUAUGUGUUGAAUACAGAAGCACACCCCUUCCGCCGACCAUAG